UAAGUGUGAACAGCAUUGCUUUGCAUACUCUCUCUCUCUCUCUCUCUCUCUCUCUCUCUCUCAUGGGAGGGUGUAGAGGCUUUUUGCUGUAUGUUAAGCGAUUGGCUGUUUCUUAGUUCUGCGCGCCCUGUAACGGUGGAAUAUUUCUGGUCUUUACGCGCAUCUGGACGCGACUCUCCCCGCGUCAAACCCGCAGAGACGCGCACGGACGGACGGAUCAUGAGGUCUCCGGGGGUCUUCAUCGGUCUACGGAGCUGCUGGGUCACAGACGGGAUUCGGUAAUACGAACACCCCGCUUCAUCCCACCCCACACCCACGCGGACAGAAUCUGGGUUUUGCGCACUUGGUGAUCCGGCGGUCCCUCCGAGCGCUGCUGCUGCUGCUGCAUUCAUUCUGGAGUGAGUGAGAACGUCCCGGUUCCGCGAUGGUUCUGUGUCACCUGCGCGUCUGAUGAGUCCGCCCGCAUCGGCAGCAGCAUGUCCUCGCGGAAGAUCUCCUCCGAAUCCUUCAGCUCCAUGGGCUCGGACUACCUGGAGAGCCCCGGGGAGGAUGGAGAGUGCCCGUUCUCACGCGUCUUCUGGAACGGCAGGAGCCCCGUGGAGACGCUCUCGUGUCCGUUCGAGGACGCGGCCGUCAGCAGGAGGGUCGCCCGGCGUAAACGCGUCAAUCUGGACUCGCUCGGGGAGAGUUUGAGACGCCUCACCUCACCGACGACCCAGACAAUUCAGCUGGCCCUGCAGAGAACAGUGGAGUUUUACAGACAGAGGGAAAUCAGUGGACAAGAGUUUGUACGAAGCUUGUCAGACGAGCAGAAGUGUUUGUUUGAGAACUCUCGCUGUGACAGCCAGACUGACAUCUCAGGAAUACUGAAAUACACAGCAACUAUUUUAGGUGUGGACUUUGCCGACAUACGUGGCCGAUUUGGGGAGGAAUUCUUCGGUUUGUGUCUGGAGGAGAACGAGAGGGUUCUACGAGCUCUUGGAGGAAACCUGCAGGACUUCUUCAACGGUUUCGACGCUCUUCUAGAACACAUCAGAACGUCCUGCGGUCGGCGAGCGUCGUCCGAGGCUCCUUCUUUCCUAUGCAAAGACGCUCCUCAGGAGAGCGAAGAAACGGACGCGGAGAGCGACGUGGGACGGACUCUUCUUCUCCACUGCUUCAACCCCGACCCUACAGUGGGCGUGGCCAUGCCGGGCUUGAUCAGAGCCGCCGCCCGACGUAUCUACCAAUCGGACGUUUCGGUGGAGGAAGCUCCUCCCACGUGGCUGCACACGGCCAAUGAGGACGGCGAGCUCUCGGGGGAUUCCUCCCCCUCUUCAUCCCCAUCUCCGCCUUCAUCUUCGUCUCCCGCCUGUUUGUCCUUCCUCAUUCGAGAGGUUCGGACUCAACCCGCAUCCUCGUCGUCACACUCAGCCGCCGCAUCUCGCCAGCUGUCGCGCUCGCCGCUGGAUUUGCGCAUCGGUCUGAGCACGUUUUGCCGGGCCUUUCCUUUUCAUCUGGUUCUGGGACCCAACAUGGAGGUCCUGCAGGUCGGGGAGGGACUUCGGAAACAGGCCAAGAGCGACCCGCACCGGACGCUCACUUUCAGCAACAGCUUUGAGCUGGUUUCUCCCAGGAUUCCCUGUUCCUUCCAGAACAUUCUGCUCCGGCUGUCCACGCCGUUCACCAUUCGUACACGACCGGACGGAUCGUCACUCGACAGCAGAGAGAAGGUGAUGGAGCUCAAAGGUCAGAUGCUUCACCUCCCGGAAUCCAACUCCAUCAUGUUCCUGGGCUCGCCGCGUGUUGAUAGGCUGGAGGAGCUCAUGGGGCGGGGCUUACAUCUGUCGGACAUCCCUAUUCAUGAUGCCACACGUGAUGUCAUUCUGGUUGGAGAACAGGCCAAAGCUCAGGACGGACUGAAGAAGCGCAUGGAUAAACUCAAAGCCACCCUGGAGAAAACCCAUCAGGCUUUAGAGGAGGAGAAGCGGAGAACAGUCGACCUGCUGUACUCCAUUUUCCCUGGUGAUGUGGCUCAGAGACUGUGGCAGGGCCUUCCUGUUCAAGCCAAGAAGUUUGAUGACGUCACCAUGUUGUUCUCUGACAUCGUAGGCUUCACAGCCGUGUGUGCGCAGUGUACGCCAAUGCAGGUCAUCAGCAUGCUGAAUGAGCUCUACACACGCUUUGACUACCAGUGCGGCAUACUGGACGUCUAUAAGAUUGAGACUAUCGGCGAUGCGUACUGCGUGGCAGGCGGGCUCCACAGGAAGAUUGACAGCCAUGCUAAGCCAAUCGCGCUCAUGGCCCUGAAGAUGAUGGAGCUGUCAGAAGAAGUGCUGACACCCGACGGGAAGCCAAUCAAGCUGAGGAUCGGUAUCCACUCGGGCUCAGUGCUGGCUGGUGUCGUUGGUGUGAAGAUGCCGCGCUACUGUCUGUUUGGAAAUAAUGUCACGCUGGCCAGCAAGUUUGAAUCGGGCAGUCACCCGCGCUGCAUCAACGUCAGCCCUACUACAUACCAACUCCUGCGUGAUGACCGCGCAUUCACCUUCAUCCCUCGCUCCCGGCAGGAGCUUCCCGACAACUUCCCCAAAGAGAUCCCGGGAAUCUGCUAUUUCCUGGAGGCGGGGAAAGCCCAGAGCCACGCCUCUCUCACCAGCACUCGCUCCGCCCCCAUCCGGAAAGUGUCCUAUAACAUUGGGACCAUGUUUCUACGGGAGACUAGCCUCUGAGACGGCCCCGCCCAUUCGCUACGACAUCACGUCCUGUAGACUAGUGUUGCCUGUGGCAACUGGUUGCCCCGCCUCUCGAACCGGAGCUUCGUCCCAGAGGCGUGACACGGAGGGGGUGGAGAGGACGGCCCCGCCCCUUGGCCCCGCCCUUUAAAGGAGCCAUGGAUAAUUGUGUUCUGAAAAUACAAUAAAAACAAAUAUAUAUAUAUAGAUAUAUAUUUAAAAUAAAGCCUUCUGCUCAACGGCAUAGCCAAACAUACAUGGUGUACACAUGCAAAUACUACAGACAACACACACAUUGCAGGUAAUAGAUUUCACAUGCAUAACUUUGGUGCCUUUACCUCCCAAACACACACACACAUAAACACACACUCCACAAACAUGCAUUUAUCUUUGCCAUUUUACACACGCCGCCAUUAACCACUGUUAAAUCCUUUAUGUGUGUGUGAAUCCUAUUAACCAUUGUUAGAUCCCUUGUGUUUGUGUGUGUGUGUGUCCUAUCAUUAACCGCUGUUAGAUUGUGUGUGUGAGUUUGUGUAAAGACCGAGGCUGUUUUGCACGUCUCACAUCUGCGGCAUGUUUUCAUUUUGGCUCCCAUAUUUGUAGCAAAAGGCGUAGCUGUGCGAAAGGUGCACUGUUAACUAAUUUAAAGAAAUAGUUCGGCCAAAAAAAUUAAUGCUUGCUGAAAAUGUACUCAUUUUGAGUCCAUCCAAGAUUAGGAUGAGUUUGUUUCUUCAUCAAAUUUGGAGAAAUGCAGCAUUCCAUCACUAACUCACCAAUGGAUGUGAAUGGGUGCCGUCAGAAUGAGAGUCCAAACAGCUGAUUAAAACAUCACAAUAAUCCACAAGCAAUCCACACCACUCCAGUCCAUCAGUUAACAUCUUGUGAAGCCAAAAGCUGCGUGUUUGUAAGAAACAAAUCCAUCAUUAAGACGCUUUAGCGUCAAACCAUCGCGAGUCCCUGUUGUCUUCUCACAUCAAAUUCCACCCAUAUAUUUAUUUUGGACUGGCUUCACAAGACAUUAAUAGAUGAACUGGAGUGUUGUGGAUUACUUGUGGAUUAUUGAAAUGUUUUUAUCAGCUGUUUGGACUCUCAUUCUGACGGCACCCAUUCGCUUGCCAUUGGAGAGCAAGUGAUGCAAUGCUGCAUUUCUCCAAAUCUGAUGAAGAAACAAACUCAUCUACAUCUUGGAUGGCCUGAGGGUGAUCACAUUUUUAGCAAAUGUUCAUUUUUGGCUGAACUAUUUCUUUAGUCAACACUAUAUUUUGCAAUACAGGCUUUUUAGAUGCAAGUCAUACAAAACUCUAUUUGAAAAAAAAUGUCUGUAGGCUGCAAAUUACAUGCUGUUUUGUUUCAGGUACUAAAUCUAGAUUAUAGAUGCACUUUGGGAACCAUGUAGGUUAAUUAUUAUUUGUAUGGAAAUGUAAUUUUCAUGCAAACUUUGUAAUAGCUCUCAAUAAUUCAUUCUUAAUCACGUUUAACAAUUCACAAGUGAUGCUGAAUGACAAACUCGUAAAUCAGGACUCACUUUUAUGCAGCAGAAAUCACAUGCUGCAGAUGGCAGAUGUGUGAAACGGGUUGUGUGUGUGUGUGUGAAUACUGUUUGAGUUCACAGGAAGGUAUGUGACAAUGUCAUCAUUCAUUUCAGUCACAUUUGAUUAAUUCAAGAUCACAUCCUGACGUGUCGGUCAUUUUUAUCAGGAUGCCAAUAAAGUUGAUUCAUUGAAGUUU